AUGAUCGCGAUUGAGAGUGAGAGGGGCCGCGGCCUAGCGCCAGGAGGUGCCGCAGACCGCAAGGCUCCCGGAACGACGAGUACAACAACAACGGGCAGAAGGGAAACUGAACAACCAACUACUGCGAGACGCACCCUCCACACCAACCAUAGGAGAAGACGCAAAGAAAGAGACUCGAGGCCGACGGGCUAUCAAACUGGGCCGAGAAACCCAGAACGUGACUUGCAGACUGGCAGGCAGCAAAGCCUGGUCGAGAAGUCAACCAAAGCUAACUGCGUGCCAUAA